UUUUGUCUGACCGCGCUGCAUCAUGUCUAAAUUUGCGAGGAUUUUCCUAGUUCUCGUAGUGCUGCAAACGUGCCUCGCAGCAAACGACACAGAAUCCCUAUCGUCCAGCAGCACUCACGAUCGUGAAAAACGAUGGCUGAUCUACAAACCGAACGGUGCAGUGAUAAAGAUUGUGUUCGGUGCUGCCUAUCCUGUUCGAUGGGCUCACAAAUUGCUCCGCAGUUUGAACCUCGGGUUGAACUUGCAGGCCAACUAUGCGAUCCCGGCAACCAUCGUUUGGCCCGUCCCGACUAGCAUCUUCAAGAAUCGGCUUAACAACGAAUUUGUGGACAACAGUCGCGGACAACUGUAUCGGUUGCUGGAAAAGAUGUUCGAUUCGAUUGGGACCAGUGGACGGGAGUGUGUGCUGCGAACGAUAUGUGAAAUCGCUGAAACACCACUCAGCCAUAAUGGAAUGUUUGGUGAAAUGUUGGAUGUGAUAUUUACGCCCUACGAAUCGGACCACUUGGAUCAGGUCUACUCGGAAGCACGGGGGCACGGAUUAAGUGAAUCGAAUUGUGCUCAAAUCUACAAACGCUGCCCAUUAGGUUCUGGAUUGCUGGAAAAGCUGACUGUUUUAAAUUUGAUUAAAUAAAUAUUAGCUAAAAA